AAUUCGGCUGAUAUCCGACAACAUAAAUUACAAAGUGGAGUUCAUCUGUUAACUUAAAUCUCGUACAUUCACCGAACAAUGGCGUCAGGCGGUGGGCGAAAAGAUGGUAGACUUGAGGAACACACCGUCGAAGGCCUUGCUGAGGUAUUCAGAUGUUUCAUUUGUAUGGAAAAGCUGCGUGAUGCCCGCCUGUGUCCUCACUGUUCCAAGCUUUGCUGUUUCAUAUGUAUACGGAGGUGGCUUACAGAACAACGAUCUCAGUGUCCACAUUGCAGGGCAUCUCUACACACCCACGAGCUUGUCAACUGUCGCUGGGCUGAAGAAGUGACUCAGAAGUUGGAUACCCUUAAGGAAUGUGCCCCAGUUGUUAAAAAGGAGGAAGGUGAUAAGGACAUCUGUGAGGAACACCAGGAGAAGCUGAGUGUGUACUGUUGGGCGUGUAAGCAGUGUAUAUGUCACCAGUGUGCUCUCUGGGGUGGAACACAUUCCGGCCAUACCUUUAAACCACUAGAUGGUGUGUAUGAAGAACAUGUAAAGAAAGUUACAGAGGAGCUGAAUCAAUUGAAGCGUCGUCAUGUAGAACUCAUCAGCCUCGUACAAGAUGUGGAAAGGAACAUAGAGAGUGUAAAAACUGCCAAAGAUGAGCGAGUGCGAGAAAUUAGGAAUGCUGUGGAACUGAUGAUUGCCAGACUAGAGUCUCAGCUUAAAUCCAAACUACUCACCUUGAUGGGUCAGAGAGGUCAGCUGACCCAGGAGACUGAGCUGCUCGAGUCCCUUAUACAGAAGAUUAACCAUCAGAUGGGUAGUAGGGGUAAAAGUGAACUCAUCGCCCAGAGCAGUGAACUUGUGCAACUCUUUAAACAUGUCAACAGGAAACCCAUGGCCUCUUUUGUCACUGCUGCAGUACCUGCUGACUUUACUAGCGAGAUUGUGCCGCAAUAUGAUACCAGUACAUUUGUGAUGAAGAAAUUCAGUGGACUACAACAGAGGGCAGACCCUGUCUACAGUCAACCCCUCCAUGUGUCAGGUCUUAGCUGGAGAUUGAAAGUCUACCCAGAUGGCAAUGGUGUUGUACGGGGGAACUAUCUGUCUGUCUUUCUGGAGUUGUCAGCAGGCCUGUCAGAAACAUCAAAGUACGAGUACCGUGUGGAGAUGGUUCAUCAAGUCUCUCGUGACAGCAGUAAAAACAUUGUCCGAGAGUUUGCAUCAGACUUUGAAGUUGGAGAAUGUUGGGGUUACAAUCGCUUUUUCCGUUUAGAUCUACUUGCCAGUGAGGGAUACUUAGAUACAGAAUCUGAUACACUAAUUCUUCGAUUCCAGGUGCGACCUCCAACUUUCUACCAGAAGUGUAGGGACCAACAAUGGUAUAUCAAUCAGCUGGAAUCAGCACAAGCUCAAAAUAUGGGACAACUCAACCAUCUGAAGGAGCGAGUUCUACUGAUGGAAAUGUCUAGAAGUAAAGGAUCCAGUAAACGAGCCACAACAUCAGGAGACUCCCCCCUGCCACUGAUUGAUCCCCAUGGGGGUGAUAAUCCCUCAGUACAACACCCUAUUCUACAUCCCAAACCCAUCCAUCCAGGCACAGGAUCAGAGAUCGAGAUAGAGAGGUCAGAUGACGAGAAUUUGGAUACAGACUCCGACUCUGACACAACAGACUCUAAUGAGGAGCUGAGUCAGUAUUCUAUAGAGGACUUGGACGACAUUGGAGAGCCUGGAACACAAGCUGCCAUCACAGAAAACAACGAUGAAAAUGACAUUGAUGAAGAAACAAUGUCGUUAGACAACGAUGUGGAAAACAGUAUGACCUGGGAGGAGAAUGACCUUGACCGGCGAGGGAACACAGCUUCUGGUAUGGCCAAGGUAUCAUCUAACAUCACUGGCUCAGAAAACAGGGUUGGAGAUGAGGAGACUUUACUGAUGCAGUUUUUAAAAGAUCGUACUCAGGACAGUGACUGGACACCAAGUCUAGCAGCAGGCGGAGGUGACAGCUGUCUGGGUGCUGAUUGGCUGGAGACUGUCCAGGCGGCGUUAGCCCUGACCAAGGACAAGCCAAAGACAAGUCGAAAGGAGAAGACGCCCGCAAAUACUGACCUCAUGCUAGAGAACAUCCGAGCCCGCUUCUCUGAGCUGGCCACCUCCACACUGGCUGUUGCUGAUUCUGCAGUUACCAACGAGUCUGAAGCCAAAGCAAUGGUCACAAAACCAAACAAAAAUGAGCCAGAAGAUCAUGUGACACACCCAGCCAAUGAUUCCAUAGAACAGUUUCCUCUGUCAGAUAUCUCAAUGGAUGGCGAGGACUUGGCCGCCUCCAACUUCCAAAGCACACUGUACACAACCAUAGUCCAGUCUAGUCACAAAACAGAUCAAGAUGAGAACAAAAGGAAAAGAGAUUCUACUGUAAAGGGAGCGUCAGGUGGCUCUAAAGACCUAGGUCUGCCAUGGUCCUUCAGUUACCUAUCCAAAGUCCCUGUACCACCACCACCUCGACCCGAGAGGAAAGACCGCAAGGAAGCUGCAGCUACAACCGCGGCCAGUAGCCAACCAACAACAGAGGAGAGUAAGAAGGAGAUGGACGGCAGUGAGGCUGCUGCUGCAGCAGGGACAGCUGCUGUCAACACUACUAACAGUGGACAGAAACCACAAGGCACUGGCACCUCCGGACCACAGGUCGAGUUCAGCAACAACCAAAACAAUAUUAAUGAACCAAGACCUGACAGUGGUGAUGACACAUCUGUGGUUUAGAAGUAAGGGAACAUUGAAUGAUCAAGAUUGUUAGGAAUUCCAUGUGACAAGUUGUCAGAGGCCUCAGAAGUCCCAUGUGACAAGUCAGAGACCUCAGGUGUCACAUGUAACAAGUCAGAGACCUCAGAAGUCACAUGUCACAAGUCAGAGACCUCAGAAGUCACAUGUCACAAGUCAGAGGCCUCAGAAGUCACAUGUCACAAGUCAGAGACCUCAGAAGUCACAUGUAACAAGUCAAGAGACCUCAGAAGUCACAUGUCACAAGUCAGAGGCCUCAGAAGUCACAUGUAACAAGUCAGAGGCCUCAGAAGUCACAUGUAACAAGUCAAGAGACCUCAGAAGUCACAUGUCACAAGUCAGAGGCCUCAGAAGUCACAUGUAACAAGUCAGAGACCUCAGGUGUCACAUGUAACAAGUCAGAGACCUCAGAAGUCACAUGUAGCAAGUCGGAGACCUCAGGUGUUACAUGUAACAAGUAAAAGUGAAGACUGUAUUGAAGACAUCAGAACUCAACCAACAUGAGAGUGAUGUGAGAGUGUGAGGUAUUUAGUAUCUUGGAACACAGAUGUGAAGUUAGAACUUGAUAUAGGAUGUGAGUGUUGAAGUGAGAACAUGGGAUAAAAUGUGAGAAAUUGGUUAAGGAUGUGAGAUGAUGUAGAAUAUUUGAUUGAUAACAGACCUAGUGGGCAACUGGCCUGUACACGUCAAAUAAUUUGGUGUUCAUGCUUAAAACAAUGUGCUAUUUUAUAAUUUGUCAUUUUGAUUAGAUUUUUAAUUGAC